GGCACACUUUAUCUGAAAUACUACAUAAAUAUUUUCGAUUUUGAAUUUUGUUAUAUUUUUAAUAAAGGAAAUGUAAAAAACACCUAUUUUUUUUGGAUAUUUAGAUCAGAUAUUUGUUACUUGGUAUACAAAAUCUAACUUAUGUUAGAUAUUUUUUGGGUGUUAAAACAUCUGAAAAUUAAUAUCCAAAAUUUUGUAUCGGAUAUCCGAUCCGAAAUUAAUAUCGUAAAUUAUCAGAUCGAAUGCUAAUCAAAUAUUCGUCUAUUUGAAUAUUUUUGCUCAAUCUUAGGUCAAAGUAUUUCAAUUAAAAAAUUGAGAAAAUUACAUAAUGUUACACGUCAAAAAGAGAGGAUAUUAAAUUCACAAAAUCUUAAAAAAAAAAAAAAAAAAAAAGGAGAUUUUUACAUUCACAAAAGUGAAACAUAUUCUUUUUGAUUUCUUACCAUAAAUAGGCGAUUAUCUUUGAUUCAGUGACACAAACAAAAUCCAGAAAUAAACUCACUAAUUUGGAUACAUAUCACUUUACAAGGAAAUAAAUCCUCUUCUACAAGUCACUUGUAAUCUAGACAUGACAGAUGACACCUUGAACAAUGCACAGCACAUAAUCCACUAAAGUAAUUAAUUUGUUCCCACCCAAAAAAACAUAAAAACUUUGAUUUUCGCACAACAUUAUUGUCCUGUUCUUUUAAAUAUAAAUAUACCAAAAUUCAUUUCAUAGAAAAAAAAAAACAAAGCCCAAAUACAAACUACUCUAUUUUGUGCUCAGUUCAAAUAUUUUAAGAGGGGUCGUCACAAAAAAUAUAUUGGAAAUUGAGAAAUUGCGUUGAUUCAAAGAGGAGAGGGCAAUUUGAAUAUCCUGAAUUACCCUUUGAGAUAGUGGUAAUUAGCAGAACAAUGGAGAUGAUUGGUAUGAACAUUGCGAAACUUAUGGAAAAUCCAUUUGCUACAACGAUUGCAAUAGUAGCAGUUUCAUCAAUCGUAAUGGUGGUUUUGUUAGGAAAAUCAUUUGUGAAUGGAGGAAGGAAUUUUUCUGUUUCAUGUCAAGGUCCUCCUGUCCCUAAGGUUCCUGGUCUGCCUUUACUUGGGAAUUUGCUGCAGCUAAAAGAGAAGAAGCCUUACAAGACGUUUACUAAAUGGUCUGAAGAUCACGGUCCUGUUUAUUCAAUUCAACUUGGUUCUUCUCAUUUGAUCGUGCUUAGUAAUUCAGAUGUCGCGAAAGAGGCUAUGGUUACCCGCUUCUCAUCUAUCUCGACCAGAAAAUUGUCAAAUGCCCUUAAAAUCCUUACCUAUGAUAAAUGCAUGGUUGCAACUAGUGACUAUAAUGAGUUUCACAAAACAGUAAAGAAAUACAUAAUUUCGUAUCUAUUGGGCUCAAAUGCUCAGAAGCGCAGUCGAACAAUUCGUGAAACCAUGUUGGACAAUGUAGUAGGCUUCUUCAAUAUGCAUAUAAAGAGCCACCCCCUUGAAGCAGUAAAUUUCAGGAAAAUAUUUGAAUCGGAGCUCUUUGGAUUAGCUUUGAAACAAGCUUUAGGACGGGAUGUGCAGUCUCUUUUUGUUGAAGAGCUUGGAACUACUCUGACAAGAAAUGAAAUAUUUCAUAUCCUAGUUUUGGAUAUGAUGAAGGGUGCAAUUGAGGUCGAUUGGAGAGACUUCUUUCCCUACCUCAAAUGGGUUCCUAAUAACACGGUAGAAGCAAAUAUUAAAAAGUUGGAUUUUCGCAGACUAGCAGUGAUGAAGGCACUCAUUAAGGAGCAUAAGGAACAAAAUGAAGGCAAAAAGGAUUUCAAUUCGUAUCUUGACUUCUUGUUGUCAGAAGCAAAUACGUUGACAGAGACUCAACUAGCUAUGCUGCUUUGGGAGCCAAUCAUCGAGUCUUCUGAUACCACCUUAAUCUCAACGGAAUGGGCCCUAUUUGAACUUGCCAAGGAUCCUGAACGACAGGAGCGACUGCAUCAAGAAAUACAAACUGUUUGCGGCUCUGAUAAGAUUACAGAAGAUCACUUGUCUCAGUUGCCAUAUUUGUCAGCUAUUUUUCAUGAAACUUUGAGGAAGCACAGCCCUGUUCCCAUCAUUCCUAUACGAUAUGUGCAUGAAGAUACUGAGAUAGGAGGCUACCACAUUCCUGCUGGAACUGAGAUUAUAGUGAACCUCUAUGGAUGUAACAGAGACAAAAAUCAAUGGGAAAAUCCUGAUGAGUGGAUUCCAGAGAGAUUCCUGGAUGAUAAGUAUGAUCCUCAUGACCUUUACAAGACAAUGGCAUUUGGAGCAGGCAAAAGGAUCUGUGCUGGUUCGCUUCAGGCCAUGUUAAUAUCUUGCACAUCUAUUGGUAGAUUGGUGCAAGAAUUCGAGUGGAAGCUGCAGCCUGGGCAGGAAGAGGACAUCGAUACUGUCGGUCUCACUACACAUAAACUUCAUCCUCUGCAUGCCAUCAUAAAUCAGAGACCUUAAAUAGAUCAACUCAGAAAAUUUUGCUGCCUGCAGGAGACAUGACUGGUUCAUUGACGAUGUAGACAAAGAUUGCUGGGUGAGAAAAUGUAUCUGCAGACAAGAACUUAUGGUAAUAAUCAUCAAACGGAUCUUUAUAAUUUAUAAUAAUAGAACAAGACUGUAUUCUUAGCUAAAGGAAUGUUAUGUCAGAUUUUAGUUUGUUGUUCUUCAUUAUGUUACAACUUCAAUUGUCUCCUGUGAUCCUGCUUGCAAUGAAAAUGUGUUGGAUAAA